UGAACGUGUUUUCAGUGUCAUUUCUAUUAGUGCUAGACUCUUUUUAAGUGCAGCAUAGUUUGCCUGUUUUCAAGCUGUGUUUCGUGCAUUUUAGCCGGAGAGAAAGAAGACCAACAUCAUCCUAUUUUACCGACUGUUUCUCAACUUUUAAUGAGGGUCGUGUAGUGUUCAGUUUUAGAGGUUAAUGGUCAUGUCGUUUCCGGGUCGACCUCCCAUGGUUCCUGGCAUUCCGAUGCCACCAGGAAUGGGAAUGCCGUACAUGUCCAUUGGUGGUGGACCACCAUUGAUGCCUGUAGCAAUGCCAAUGGCUCCGAUGAUGCCCGGUCCAGGAAUGGUUCCGCCUCCAGGUAUCCGUCCUUACACAGCACCACCACCACGCUCCCAACCGCAUCAAAAUAAUAUGGCAAAAAAACCCUCAACUCCAACAAAGAAGCCCGAUCCUGAACCAGAGAAACCACCUGGGCCUCCGGUAGUUGUAUUUGUCGGUAACAUAACUGAAAAAGCGCCAGAUGCAAUGAUACGACACAUUUUAGCUGCCUGUGGUCCUGUCCAUUCUUGGAAAAGGGUUCAAGGUUUUGGUUUUUGCGAGUAUGCCAGCCCUGAAUCUGGAUUGCGAGCAAUCAGAUUACUACAUGAAAUGGAUAUAGGUGGAAAGAAAUUAGUAGUCAGAGUUGAUGCUAAGACAAAAACAAUAUUGGAUGAAUUCAAAGCUGAAAAAACGAAAAAGCAAGAUGGGAGUUCUACACCAACAACUGAAGAGCCGGAAGAAGAUGGAUAUCUUGAUGAAAAUAUUAAAAAAAUUGAUGACUCAGCUAUGCAGCGGAUCCAACAAAUCAUGUUAGACUAUGAUGAUGACAUGAAAAAACAUGUGCCUUCUGCUAAUGCUCAGCUUCAACUGCCAAAAACAGGCAAAGAAGUCACAGAUCAACGAAUAGCUAAAACACAUGAGCGGCUUCUUCAGCUAACGCAAGCCUCAGAAGCUGCAAACAAAGAUGGUGAUAAUACCAAGCGCCUAGAUUUGGAUCCUGUCGAGUAUGAAGAAGGAAAACGUGAUCUCAUCACUAGGGAAAUAGGAAAAUUCCGUGAAAUCAUGAAGAAACAAGAAGAAGAAAAAGAAGUCGAAAGGCGGAGGAGAGAAAAGGAGGAACGAGACAGAGACGGACAUCAUCGAGAUCGCCAUCGAGACCGAGACAGGGAUCGCGACAGAGACCGUGAUCGUGACCGAGACAGGGAUCGCGAUAGAGACCGCGAUCGUGACCGAGAUCGUGAUCGUGACAUAAGAUCUAUCUCUCCAUCUGAAAAUGGAAGGACGAGACGGAGUCAUCGAAAUUCCCGCACUCCGGAUUCAAGUAGUUCUGCAAGGAGCAUCUCACCAGAUGAUCGCCGCCACCGUUCUAAGUCUAUUAAGCGCUCGCGCUCAAAAUCACGUGACCGUGAACGAGAUCGUGACCGAGAGCGUGAACGAGAGAAAGAACGUGAAAGAGAGCGUGAACGUGAGCGAGAACGCGAACGUGAGAAAGAACGAGAGCGGGAGAAAGAGCGCGAAAAAGAGCGGGAUCGCGAAAGAGAGCGGGAGCGAGAAAGAGAACGUGAACGAGAACGCGAAAGAGAAAGAGAGAGGGAACGGGACCGUGACCGAGAGCGAGAGAGGGAGAGGGAUCGAGACCGUGAUAGAGAAGACCGUGAAAGAAAAUCCGAGCGUGAUAUUCUCAGGGAGAAGGAAAUGGAUGAGGAGGCAAAGGAAAAGAAGAAACUGGAACGGAAAGCACGAGAAAAGGAAGCUGCCUACCAAGAAAGACUGCGUAUGUGGGAAAAUAGAGAAAGGCAUAAGCAAAAAGAACAUCAAAAAGAAAAGGAGAAGAAAAAAUUAAAAGAAGAAGAACGUGAAAGAGAAGCUAAAAGGUUGAAAGAAUUUUUGGAAGACUACGAUGAUGAAAGAGAUGACAUUAAAUACUAUAAAGGACGAGAACUACAAAGGAGGCUUGAUGCAAGAGCCAAAGAAAUGGAAUUGGAUGCUCGUGACAGACAAAAUGAAAAAGAAGAAGUUGAAGAAAUUAGGAACAAAAUAUUCGCCUCUGCAGACAGUAAAGAUCCAAAUGUAGAGUUUGCCAAGUUAUUAAAAGCUAGAGAAGACUUGUACAAACCAAAACUUCUAAUCGAUAUGAAUUCAGAAAAAUCCAAAGAAAAAGAGAAAGAAAAGGAGAGAGAAAAGAGAGAUAGAGAGGAUAAAGAUAUUGAGAUUAUAGACAGAGAAGCCGAGAGAUUAAAGGAAAUGGAAGAGGCAGAAGAAUCGAAACGACGUGCUGCAGCAAUGGCAGAGCAGCUGCAGAUGGCUGAAAAAGAAAGGAUGUACGCGGAAGAGCACCAUCCACCAUCGCCUCCUAGCCCAUCUCCGCCACCUCCAGACGAUUCGUUCUCCCCUCCACCUCCGCCAGAGGAAGACUCUCAAUUCAACUCUUUCUAUCAAGAUACAACAGACAGCAAAUCAGGAUUGAAGGAGUACUCCUCACCUGUUCCUGCCUCUGGUGAUAAAAAGAAGAAAAAAUUAGACGUAAGAGAAGUUUUCAAUAAUGAUGAUGAUGACUCACAUGUUGCAGCUAAGAAAAGGAAACUGGUACCACUAGAUUAUGGAGAAGAUAAGAAGAAACCUAAAGAGGAAAAGAAAGAGGAUGUAGCCAAAUCCCAAGAGGAAAAACGGAAGCACAUUAAGUCACUAAUCGACAAGAUUCCUACUGACAAAUCAGCAUUAUUCUCGUUUCCAUUGGAUUGGGCUGCUGUAGACAAUCAACUAAUUGAACGAAGAAUUAGGCCUUGGAUCAACAAGAAAAUUAUUGAAUAUAUUGGAGAACCCGAACCGACUCUAGUAGAUUUCAUUUGCUCCAAAGUUCUGGCAGGCAGUGCACCUCAGGGAAUUUUAGAUGAUGUUCAAAUGGUGCUUGACGAUGAAGCAGAAGUUUUUGUCGUUAAAAUGUGGCGACUUUUAAUAUACGAAAUAGAAGCUAAAAAGUUAGGUUUGGUGAAGUGAAUUUCCUUGUCCUCCAUCUCCUCUGACGAAAAAUGUUGUAAUAACUUGUGUGAUCUUUUUAAGUCUUUUAGUCUGUGUGUAAAUAUUUCUACUAAAUGUUCACACUUCUUGUAUAGUAUUUUAAAGACUUUAAGUUUAAUCAUUCAAUGGAAACAAUUUUCUUUUAGGUUUUAUUUAAUUUUUUUUUUAAUGCCAUGCACUCUUAUGCGUUUACAUCGAGUGAUUCAAGCAGUAAUCAAUCACUUCUGUCAGAAAAUUUUAUCAUUCAUUGAAUUUUCUUUUCAUGCCAUUAUUUUAUCUUCAUUUGUGUACCAUGUUGACUGCCACAGAUUUAAGCAAAAAUCGAGGUAACUUUUCACAUGGAAAUAAUACACAUAAGAAACCAUGUCCAAACCAUAGCAACAGAAGCAUAUUCUUUAGGACAUCAAAAGUAACAUCAACUUUGUUUGAGAGCAUGCAGGCAGUGUAGUAUUCAAACGGAGACCUCCAAAAUAAACCAAUCGUAAGCGCUGAUCCAUACACGCCAUUCAAUAUGUUGAGUUUGGUUUCUCCUUCAAAAUAAUUGAAUAUGCUAAGUGCGAUUCAAAUUCGUAGUGUUUUGUUGAAUCUGUUGUUCAAUAACUUUUUAUUGCUUUUAUUGCUUUUUGUCAAACCAGUUGACUUUCUGCACAGUUUCAAAAGAUCGCUCGAAAGCCUCAUAUUUUGACAUUGAGGUCUCUUCCUCCAGCGUUCAAAAUGCGUUCUCCUGCCAAGCUUUCAAAGCUGCAGUGUUUUACUGUGCAUAAGUUUGAUAUGAUUUCCUAUGUAUGACUGUUGCUUAUGAUAUGGAUCUUGUCAGUUCCUUUUUGUAACAUGUUUCGUAAUAAGCCUUGUGAGCUUUUAAUGACUAAGAAAUAGAAGCAAGAUACUCAAAUUAAAAAUUAGUCAAGGAGACCUUUUUCUGAUGGCUGAUGAUGAGAGAUGGUUUCUUUUUAGUUUCUUUCUAAGUGACUCAACCCUAAUAACAAUUUUUCCUGAGUGGAAGACACAACAGCUAUCAGGCUACUUUAGAAAAUGCUCCUUUUUCCAGCAAAAAUCCAAAUGAAACAUUUUAUCAAGUGUCUCUUCCCUCCAAUAAUAGGUUAAGUCUGUCUUGACAAACUUUGAACUUGCACUUGUAAAAUGCAUCAUGCAGGUUUGGUGUAUAUAUUGGCGUAAAAACUGAUCUAAUGCUCUUUCACAAGAUUUACUUGACAAGAACCAAAGUGCGGAAAGAAGCUGAAAUGGAAAAUGUAAAACUUUUAAAAGAGGAUAUAUUCACAAUUUGAAUUAUUCAUUUAUUAAUCUGGGCUAAUUUAUUCAAACUCAACACUGCUAGUUAUGCAAUGAGAAUUGAGGACUCAAUGAACGGAUUUUUGAAGAGCUAUUUGAUCAUUCAGUUGAAAAAAAAAAAAACAAGAAAAAUACGUUGACUUUUAAUAUGAAUUUUUUCCGAAAGUGCAUGACUUGAAAUAAUUAUUGUGUUUAGUUUCAAAUUUCUUGAGAUGUCACUUAUCACCUGAAGAAUUGCUCAGUAUACAUCAACUAAAGCACCCACCACAAUGAAACUGGGAGGUGAAGUUGAAAGAUAAUUCAAGAUUUACAUAAUGUUAUUUGAAAUUAAUGUUAAAUGAAAUUAUGUGAGUUAAUCAUAAAUUAUCUUUCAGAGUUCCUAAGAAUUAUGUUAAAUGUUAAUCACCUUAAAAAAAUUUGUUUGAAAAUAUUUUUCGUUGCAGCACCUAGCCUUUCUCGAAUUUCUGGUCGUAAACCUGGAUUGAAUCGUGUCAUCAAGGUGAUUUAUGUUUUGUCACCUGAAUACAAAUUUUUAUGAUCCAAUCUGGCAUACCAGCACACUUUAAAUCGAUUGACUGAAUAGCAAGAUUAGUCAUUGACUCUGAAAUAUAAGCAUAGCGACCUAUUGCUAGGAGGUGCAAUGACUGAUCUCCAUUCCUUUUCAUUUCCAAGUAAACUUUCGAAGAAAAGAAUAUUUCCAACUUAAAAAACAAUAAUCCGCUUUACUCACCGAAGGUGCCCUGUUUGGUCACUUUUUUUGCUGCUUUACUUCGUAGAUGCCUAUUUUUAUUUUUAUUAUUUUUUUAAGCUCUAAAAUCUUUCCAGUCAAGAGAUUUGACAAGGGAAAAAUCUCUGUGAUUUUAAUGUAACCCUUUUUUUUUUUAGAUGGUACUUUAAUGCUAAAUGAUCGAUUGAGUUUCCCUCUUUAUAUAUCAGUUGAGAUGUUCUCACAUAGCUUUCACCGAUGAAUUUUAGGGUAACUCCAUUCUCCAUUUCAUCAUCAGAUUGUCUUACUUUAAUAAAGCCUUGAAGAUGAAAUCAAUCUUGUGGGGAAAGAACUAGUUCAACAAAAUUUUUGAUCAUUUUUAUGAGUUGUUAUUGUAUAGUUGAGUUUUGUACCCUUUGGUUAUUUAUUUACUCAACACUUAUCAAUGCUGAAUCAAAUGUAUAAAAUAUGUUACUUCGAAUGCUUUAUCUAUCUGGAAGUAAUCAUUCAUCGUUUCUCUUUUGUAAGAAUUCAGUCAAUUCUUUAGAUUUUUCGAAAGUGAAUGAUUUUCCAAUAUUUUAGUAUUAUUUUCGCAAUAAUGCAAUGUCCAUGCAUUAAAAUUCAAUUUCUUGUAUUAUAUUUGUUAUAAAAUCCA